AUGGCACAGGUGGAGAAUGCCCUGAAGGAGGCAGCCCUGGAGGAUGCCUCCAUGGAGGUAGGCCUUGACCCCACCACCACCCCACCUGGGACUGGCCUCCCUCAAACCAACAAUCCAGGCACUGCUGCUGUUACUGCAUCAAUUAAAGCUGACCCAGACACAGCAUCAGACACCAAUGCCUCAAUGGAAGUGAAGAAGGACAGAAGGAAGGUUUUGCCUAAUACCUUCAGCAGGGAGCAAGAGGGAGGCCUGGAAGAGUGGAAGCCCACAUUACUGCAGAACAAGGCCAAGGAGUUCCCUGACCGUACCUAUGACCAACUCAUGCAAUGGUCCACAAAUCAGAGGACCAUCUAUGGAAAGGUCACUGCACCUGGGACCAAAACAGGGUCAGCUGGCAGCACACUGACAGAGAGGAAUAGGUGGAUCGAGGAGAAGUGGCGGUUCCUACCAGGGCAUAUUGUGCCUGUAGUGACCAGGACUAGCGCACCCAAGGAACAACACAUCAUUGACCAUGCGUCCGAUGAUCCUGUGGAAGGGACUUCCACGCCGAGGCCAUCCACCAGCCAACAGCACCGCAGUAGGCAAAUUUCCAGUAUUGACCUCACCACACCCGGAGGUGCUGAAGAAGGGACAGAUGGAAACAUCAUUAGAAGUCUGAAUGACACUGUUCGAGACGGUAUUCAGUUGUUGGAGGAAGGACGCCUGAGAACGAACAUCGUAACGCAGAGGGCAGUAGACUUCUGUCAAGUUAUUAUGGAAGAAGAAAUAACUGAAGAUCACUGGGAUUUUAUAUGGAUUAUGAUCAAUGGGGCAAUCGCGUUUCGAAAUAAAAAGUUAAUGAAAGCACGUGCAUGUGAGGCGCAGCGUCCAGUGGUUCCUCAGCCUCGCCCGCCUCGCUUCUAUCACCAGUAUGCAGAUAGGACAUAUGGAAUGCCGCGUGCAAUGGGAGCACAGCCACAAUUCCGUGCUGAACAGAGACACUCAUCAUCACCACUGAUGUUUACAGAGCAGCAGCCUGGUAGAGAUUCACCUUUGCCUUUUUACGGAGAGGGCUGUGCACAAACACCAUCACAAGAAGGGACAGAUUAUUUCACUGACUCGGACUUUUAGAAUUAUUAAUGUGGUGUUUAAGUAACCAUUUUAGUUUUGGUUUAUUUUAGUUGUUGGACACUCAACAUUUUGUGUGACAUCUAGAGUCCUUUAUAAAUGUCUGUAUGUUAAUAUGUGUGUAUUUUACUCUUGGGCAUUACUUUGAUUCUGUUGGUGGCUCCACAUUUUAUGAUAACCUGAAGUGUGAUAAAGCUUUUACCUCAGCAGUUUGAUUGUCAGUGUUUGUUGACCUCAUUGUUAAAUAAAUAUAUUUCUCACUAUCAGCUUGAUGUCUGCA